AUGGCCAACCAGAUGGAUGUUGAUUCACCUCAGCAUCCGCCCAAGCCUCUCUCAGGCCAUUUCCCGGGGCUCCCUCCUACAAAGACAGGUGCAACACUAGCUCCGACUCCUCCCGCACCUCCAGCUACGAACAUCAACACGGGGCGAGAUCCUCGACGUGCCGGUACUACCGGGCCUUCUGUUGACACCCAGUCGAGCGCCCUACUACCAAAGCCAGAACCAAAAGCCACUGGCCCAGUGGCACCAUUGACAUCGUCACCGCAACUCCCUUCGCCUGUUAUAAUAUCUACUGUGUCAGGCCCCAGCCCCAUCGAAGUUCAAAACUCGCCCGUCUGCUCAGACUCGUUCUCUAUAUCAGAUUUGGUCAACUCUUUGAUUAAAGGCCACAAAGAGCAAGAUGAGAAAGUGAGGCUUCAGAAGGAAGUGGCUUCUCUCACCAAAUCAUUGCAAAGAGCGAAACAAUUUCCUCAUUUUGCAGGUGCUACCCGUUCAUACCAGUCCCAGCUGGAGAGGGUCAAAAAUGACUUGGCCAAUCAUACGAAAGCAAUGGGCAAAAAUAAGGCACAUUCGGAUCAGGCGCAGAAUGAUUUCAAUACGGUACUUUCGCGGCUAAAACCCAAUCCUGAACUCGAUCAACUGCCUGUGGUCGUCAAAAGGUUGGAGUCCGAGCUGAGUGAUCUCAGGAAGGCGCAUGACAGUCCUGCAGCAAACAACCCAAGCGAAACCUUCAGAAGUGCACUCAAGGACAUCGAAACUUUCAGACUGACCGCAAAAUCCUCGGACGAAGAACUACAGGGGCUCCGUCGGAAGCUUCAGGGAAUAGAGGUUUCACUUCAAGGCUGUCUCAAAGGAACCGGUGUCCUGGAGCAGUUCAUGGCACAGAUCACACGAAUCGCAAGUUCGGUAGACUAUUCACUCAAGCGGGAGGGCUUAUUGACAAGUCGAAUCUCCAAGCUUCGAACCGAUAUGAAUGCAAACGACAAGACAACGCAAGAAACGUUGUCUUUAUUUGAUCAGAUGGUACAGGAAAUUGAGGAUAACCUCAAAGCUGCACAUGAAGGGAUUGAUGGGCAGAUUCUCGACAUGCAGAAAAACCUGAAGAGUUCUGACGGAGAACUUGGCAAAAGACUGUCCGAGCUUGAAAACAAUUUCGGAAAUCUCAAAUCCAACCGACAGGAGCUGACCAAUCAGAGGUCGACUACUCUUGCACAAAUCAGCACAGACUUCGAUGCCCGCAGGCGACAGAAUGCGGAAGAAAUCGCUGCUAUGGAACAUCGUUUGAGCCUGCUAAGCGCUCGAAAGCAAAGCCUCGACAAUGGCGACUUAAUUUCAUUCCGGGCCCAAAACCCCACUACCCAGGGCGGGUUAGAUCCAUGGAUGGCCCGUCUGGAGGAGAAUCUAAAAAAGCACGACCUGCUAUUGGAAGGCAUCCAGCGCAUUCACGCUCAAGCCCACGAUGCCCAUUUCAAGGAAAUGGAUAAACUUACCAAAACGCAAGAGUCUCACAGAAAGUCAUGUACGGACAGAUAUGGAGAGACCUUGAAAAAGGUGGAUGGUCUGGCCCUCAAAAUCCAGGACCUGCCCUCCAAGCAAGAAAUCAGCGAGAUGUCGAGUACCAUUGACACAACUUUGAAAGGCCAUCUGAAAGAUGUUCAAGGGAAAAUGGAUGAACUGAUCAACAACCUCCAACCCGUCACUCAGACGCAACUUAAAGAGUACCGGGAUGAGGUAAAUGAACGUCUCCAAACUGUCGCAACCAUCCACAGAUGGCUCGACAGUCACGGAACCGCUAUUCGUUCAUUAGAGGAUCGGUGGAAUAAUACGACCUCGGAGCCUAUGGUCGCCGAAAUGACACGAGCUAUGCAUGAAAUGUAUCCCCAUAUUGGAAAGCUGGCUCAACAGUUCUUAGAUCAUCGAACUGCGAUGGAUACCAAUUUCUCCAACCUCGAGAAUGCAAACGCAUUGUGCAGAGAAGAGUUGCAAAACUUCCUGGCAGACCACAGAAAGGACCAGGAAGAAAUAAACAAGGCCAAGGCAGACCUCGUGGAAGCCAAGACACUCGUCCAGAAGGUGCAGGCCGACCUCAAAACAUACGAAACCGCUCAAAAGUCUCAGCCGGAAACAAAUGAUUCACAACAAACGCAGUUGUCACCUGAGCAGCUCAAGGCUUUGUAUGAUCUUCCAACCUUGCUGCAGAAUGUCAAGACGCUCGAAGAUCAGUUUGAGUCAUUGAACUCAACCACCAAAACCCAUGGCACUGAACUGCAAGCGAGACUCGAGAAAAUGAUUGAGAUGCAAAAUCAACUUGCGUCUCAAACUAACAGCUUGGUUGAGCUUUCCGAAAAGGUUGAUGGGCAGCAAGAAGGUUAUGACGAAGUUGCUGAAUCAGUAAAAAAGCUUGAUCCCUUGAACAAAAAGAUCGAUGACUAUACUUCGCAAGUCGAUAAUUUUCACGGACAGAUCGCGUUUCUAAAUCAAGCCGCGAUCCAGCGAGAUACCGUUGAUCUCAACGCGCUCCAAUCACGUUUGGACGCUUUGGAAGGCUGGAAGAACGCUGCAGUAGAGCAGGACACCACUGAAACUGACGGCUUUAGCGGCCUCCGUUCCCGGUUGGAUGCUUUGGAAGAGUGGAAGAAAACUGCCGCAGAGCAGGACUCAACCCAAACCAACGACUCCAGAAGCUUCCGCUCACAGUUGGAAAGUCUCAAAGGGUUGAACCAAGCCGCAGCGCAGCAGGACAUCCUCAAUGACAGCGUGAUCAAGGAGCUCCGGUCGCGAUUGAAGGAAUUGGAAGAAUUGAACGAAGCCGGCGGCCAGCUGAAUGCCAGCCUCAAUAAGGAUCUUGAUCCAAAGACAGACACAGCGCAAGAACCGACCGAGCGUGAAAAAGAAAGGGACGACAAAGUGAAAGGCUUUCUCUAUCGACUGAGGAAAUUAGAGGAUUUCUUGAAGACAUGGGGCUACGAUCCUAAGAAUUUCCCCAUCUCCGACAAACCGACUGACAAACGCACGAAUUCUAAUAAAGGGUUGGUGUCCGACAAAGCGAUUAAUCAGCGUGUCGACAACCUGGACACCCCGCGACCUUCGCAAAAUGGUAGCUCUCUGACUCUGAGAACUGCUCCAGCUUCCAACUCGGACCCCUCCUCGAAUGGUCCUACGGUAGUUCACCACCUGCCGACGAUAAUCACAGAGCCAACUCCUCCCAUCAAGAAGGAACCUGGACGGAAAUCGAAAACGCCUAGUGCAACACCAUUGAGCAGCCAGCCAUCGUUCGGGGACGUCGCUAAACCCCGUCAAGUUCAAAAUCUGAAAGGAAAGCGCCGUCGAGAGUCCGAUGUGACCGAGUCCGCAAGAACUACACCGGAAUCCUUCUCGCUGCCCAGCUCGCCAGCUCCAAGCUCUUCUGCGGCAUCUAACAACGGAGAUCUCAGCGCAGCGCUUUCUAAAAAGGAGAGAAAAUUGGCCAGGAAGAAGGUAGAGAAAGAAGCAAUGAAUAAGGCAGCCAGAAAGGCAGCCAAGAAGCGGAAGACGAAUUAA